CCUUCCUUCCUUCUCCACCGUGGGACACCGUGACCCACGCGGCGUUAUCGCCGGCGCCCGGCCGUGUCAGCCAGCCACUGGAGCACCCACCACGUCCGUGCCGCCAGCCUCGACCACGCGCGCGCACCGCCAGAAAAGAUGCCCUCCGCCCCGCCCCGCCCCACCGCGCCGGCAAUUAUUAGGACGCACGCGCCCACAAACACUGCUUGAAGAGCGUGCCGCUGCCCUGGCAUUACUACUAGCGAGUAGUAGCGAGCUGCCAGUGGCCAGUGGGUGGGCGUGAACAGUGACCAAGCAAGAGUGUGGGGUCGGUCGGUCGGUCGGCGGCGAGAUGGCCGCGAGGUUGGUGGUGCUGCUGCUGCUGCUCGCGCUGGUGGCGGCGUGCCAUGGCGUGAGUGCUGCGGCCGCGGGGGCGUCGCCGCGCCGGCCCAACUGGCUGGGCGGGCUGAGCCGAGCGUCCUUCCCCAAGGGCUUCGUCUUCGGGACGGCCACGUCGGCGUACCAGGUGGAGGGCAUGGCCAACGCCGGCGGCCGCGGGCCUUCCAUCUGGGACGCCUUCGCCCACGUCCCAGGAAACAUUGCCGGAAAUCAAAAUGCAGACGUUACUACGGAUCAGUAUCAUCGCUACAAGGAAGAUGUUAAUCUCAUGAAAGGAUUGAAUUUCGAUGCCUACCGGUUUUCUAUCUCAUGGUCCAGAAUCUUCCCAGAUGGUGACGGAAAAGUUAACCAAGAAGGCGUCGCGUAUUACAAUAAUCUGAUAAACUACCUUCUUCAGAAAGGCAUUACUCCUUAUAUCAAUCUUUACCACUACGAUCUCCCUCUGGCGCUUGAGAAGAAGUAUGGAGGCUGGUUAAAUGCAAAGACGGUGGGACUGUUUGCAGACUACGCUGAUUUUUGUUUUAAGACCUUUGGCGAUCGUGUAAAGCACUGGUUUACAUUCAACGAACCAAGGAUAGUUGCGCUUCUUGGUUACGACGUAGGGUCGAAUCCUCCUCAGAGGUGCAGCAAAUGCGCUGCCGGUGGGAACUCGGCAACAGAACCUUACAUCGUUGCUCACAAUUUUCUCUUAGCACAUGGUUAUGCAGUUGCAAGAUACCGGACUAAGUAUCAGGCAGCUCAGAAGGGGAAGGUUGGAAUAGUUCUGGACUUCAACUGGUACGAGGCUCUUACCAACUCAACUGAAGACCAAGCAGCAGCUCAAAGAGCCAGGGACUUCCAUGUUGGCUGGUUUGUCGACCCGCUAAUAAACGGGCAUUACCCACAGAUAAUGCAAGACCUUGUGAAAGAGAGGCUGCCCAGGUUCACUCCCAGUGAAGCUAAAUUGCUCAAGGGCUCAGCAGACUACAUCGGGAUCAACCAGUACACGGCUAGCCUCAUGAAGGGCCAGAAAUUGCUGCAGCAGACGCCGACCAGCUACUCGGCCGAUUGGCAGGUCACAUAUGCCUUUGAGAGAAAUGGCAAACCGAUUGGACCAAAGGCGAAUUCUAACUGGCUUUACAUCGUCCCGUCGGGGAUGUACGGAUGCGUGCACUACCUCAGCCAGAAGUAUGGAAACCCACCUAUUGUCAUAACUGAAAACGGAAUGGAUGAGCCGGGGGGCCUCACCCGGGAGCAGUACUUGCGGGACGCGACGAGGGUCCGGUUCUACCGGAGCUACCUCGGCGAGCUGAAGAAGGCCAUCGAUGGCGGCGCCAACGUCCUCGGCUACUUCGCGUGGUCUCUCCUCGACAACUUCGAGUGGAGCUCCGGCUACUCCUCCAAGUUCGGCAUCGUGUACGUCGACUUCAGCAGCCCCACCCUGGACCGGCACCCCAAGGCGUCGGCCUACUGGUUCAGAGACCUUCUGCAGCACUGAUAUGUUGUCAUCAUCUUCAUCAUCUUGCUGAGUUUCUGCCUACUGUUGUUCGAAUGGAACCAUAAUUCAGACUUGAGAGCAUGUUUUGCUCUGCCAAAUGAGAAUAAAAGUUGCAUGAUAUUUUGAGCGUUGCA